AGAAGAGGAAAUUGAAAAAAACGUUUCGGAUUUUUAAUGAAAAUAUCAUUAAAAUUCAGUCACUCAUUGGAAAUGUAAAUCAAUUGCAGCCUCAAUUUGUGCCUCUUCUUCAUCUUCUUCCACAGACAUAAAUUCCACACACCUUUUAAUUUUCAAUCCAAUCAGAAACCCAAUCUCUUUAUCUCUUCAUCUGUGGAAGAAGAUAAAAAACAGGGUAUUGAUUUCAAAAAGUUUCAAUUUUAGUUGUUUUUCCACUACUUUUCUUAGGGAUUUUUGAUUCGGAAGAACAGAAGAAGGUUGAGUUUGAGUUUGAUUACAGAAAUAAUCAAUCCCUAGAAGAAGAAGAAGAAAAAUGGCUGAAGUUCAGACUCUGGGCGCCAUUGAUGGAUACACGCAGCAGAUGGAUAAUUCCUCUUUUUUCAGAAAUUCCAGGUUUAGUGAAGAUACAACAAAUUCUGGGUUUGGAGCGGCAUUUACUUUCUGUACAGGUGAUAUUGUCCUCUGGGUUCUUUUGAUUUUGUUAACAAUUGGGUCUUACCGUAACAAGGGUUUGAUGAGAAUUUUUGGUGGAUUUUCAAUUGAUUUGAAUCAUGGGUUUUGGUUAUGGUUUGGAGUUUUUGGUUUAUUCUGUUCAAAAAUCUCAUCUUGUUUGGUUGGGAUUGGUAAAUUCUCUAGAAACCCUAGUUCUGAGAAAUCUGAAAAAAUCAUUGAGAAAUCUGCUGAAAUCAGUGAAGAAAUCAAUGAGAAAUCUGUUGAAAUCAGUGAAGAAGGAAAGAAUGAUGGUGAUGAGGAUGAAGAGAUGGGUACUAUUGAGGAAUUGAAGAAAGCAAUUGAGAUUGAAAAAGAAGAGAAGAACAGAGCAAUUACAGAACUAGAGAAUGAGAGAAUGUCAUCAACAUGUGCAACAAAUGAAGCAAUGGAUAUGAUACUGAGGUUACAAUCUGAAAAGAGUUCAAUACAAAUCGAAGCGAAUCAAUCUAAAAGAUUGGCUGAACAGAAACAACAAUAUGAUCAAGAAAUCAUUCAAUCACUACAAUGGGUUAUAUUCAAACAUGAAUCAGAAAGAAGUGUUUUGGAGAAUCAAUUGAAGUUGUGUAAGCUGAAAUUGAGAGAGUGUUUGAAAUUGGAUGAAUUGGAACAAUUUGAAGAAGAGCUGUUGAAUUCCGCAAAUGUGGAAGAGGAUGGAGCUAGUACUGGUUCCCGUGACACGGAUUCUUCGUCUAUGAUACGGAUUCAAAAUCAGGGAAGAAUACAAGGCUAUAUUACAAGAAGCUGGAAUUUCUGAAGUACCAGAAAACUAUGCUAAAUACAGACAUGUCUCAGAUAAGGGCCACCUCCCCCCUUAUAAAGCUAGCUGCUGAACCUUGGGUUUAGUAAAGCCAUUCUUAUAGUUCACGUUCCAGCUUAUGCAGGCUCGACCAGAGCCACUGCCAAAGAGUCCCAACACUGGCAAGACUAGGCUCGAUGGCUGAGUACCAAGGUAGAGAAGAUUUCGAACUCAGGACAACAUGGUUUUGGGUUUUAGUUCAACUGAGAAUACACAGAAGGAACCCGAUAUGCUUCCAUUGAUCUCUGGAGUGAUUGAAGAAGAUUAAAGGCAUUCAUUGAGUUCUAUAAGAAUUCAAAGAUGGGUUUGAACAGGGAUCCGAUUACAAGACUGAUACAUAAGAGAUUUUGGCCAGAAAACAGCAUGAAGAAACCCAAGCUGUUGCCAUUGACAGUGGGCAGUAAAUGGUGAAGAUUAAUGUUGUUUUAGAGUUUUUGAAUGAAUGGGUUGUAUUGUGCAGGGACGGAGAUAAAUGGGUUUAAGAAUCAACAAAGUAAGCUCAAAUCUGUAUCAUCAGCAGAUUGCAAAGAAGAUGUUUGAGAAAAUGCUUGAAUGACAAGUCCUUCCCAAAUUCAAGUUCAGUUGCCAUGAGUUGCGACACCAGCUGUUGCCAAGGAGUGCCAUGGGUCUUGUGUUUGUUUCCAGGGAAGAGGUCAUGUUCAGUUGAAGCAGACCAGUAGUGGUUGAGUUUAUGGAGAGUAGGCCGUUAGGCUUUGAGUUGUAUUUCAGCCGGAAGGUCACUAAACGAAGGAGCUAGGUAGCUGGUUUUCCGUGAGCUUGUUGGCUGUUUAUAAGAGUUUUUGGCAACGACUAGGACUCAUAUUUAGAAGCCAGGAGGAAAAGAAGAUUUGGUACCAAUUUAUUUCAAUUUUUUGAUAGAUUUUGAGCCGAGAGAACAGCCAACAUGUGCUGUCUUUACCGUCGGUUUUUGGAGCAGUGUAUGGCGGAAAUUCGAAGCUUAUAGAACAAGGAUUGUUGGGUCAGUUUUAGGUUACGAAAUUGCAGGGGUUUGGAAGAACGAAUUGAGAGUUAUAAAAGGACCUAAACCUACAGAAAAGAGAAUCAUCUCAUACCCACUACAGCUGCCGCAACCCCUAAUUUCAGCGAGCUUUUGCUCGUUGAACAGCCACCACUAUCUGCAUAAUCAUCUCCAUCCACCUGCAUCUCCACCAGCAUUAUCCUACAGCAUCAGUUUGCACCCUGUUUUGCAUAUCCGCCUGCAUCUUGUCGAGCUACAGCAUAAACCUUCAUCACCAGCUGCAUACAUCCAUUACAGUAUCAGUUGCCACGUCAACUUCAGGUUCUCCAGUUCAAGUUAGCUGCCAUUCACGACCACCAUCAUCCAUCUUACUUGCAUACAACCACAGCAGUCCAUCUUUCUCCCCCAGCUACUUAUUCGCAGCAACCUCAACAGCACCAGUCCAGCAGGAGUUUUACUUUGCCGCCACCAUCUUUUAUCACCAGGCCAUGCAGUUUUCACACCACCAUUCCACCUGCUGCUGCCUGGGUUUGCUUAUUUAGUUUCGAAGUCGUAUUUUGCUGUUUUGUUUUGUUUUACCAUGAACAAAUAAACAAAAUAAAAAAAAUCAAGGCAAAUGGAGGAAUACACAAAAGGUGUAAUUUUAUUAAUCUCAAAAGAGGGUUUGUAAACCCUUAGUACAUUUGAGUGAGGUUUCAUGACCUUUUAAAAGUAGGGGUUGUGUCCUAUUCUCAGAUUUUGUUUGUUCAACCAUGAGACUUGUUAAGUAUUGUGUGCUUUUAGGUAUCA